AUGGCAUUAAAUCUGCUGCCCAUGAAAAAUAUUCGAUCAUCAUGUUUUUUGCUGGUGAUUACAGCAUUGCUCAUCUCCUAUGCAUUGAUUCUUUCUAUUGGUCUUGUUGAAGGAAGGGAAGAACCAUCUAAUAUUGAUUUGGAUCCAAAGGAUAGACACAAGACAACAUUUUGUACUUGUCAGUGUUGCUCCGAUACCAUGUGUAGUAAUAUUCCUAAUGCUACCUUUGCUGUGGCCUCUUGUUUUGAAUGUACCAAGUAUGUGUGUGAUGCUUUGGAUUAUCCUUGUAAGACAACAUUGUACCGAGCACAAUGUAUUCAAAAGAAUGAUGUCGUCUCACAGAUCAUUAUCAUUAUUGUGUUUAUUUGGAUUUUUUCCCUGAUUGUUGCUUCCAUCGGAAAGGUUUAUGUUUGGCCAAUUAUUAUGAAGAUUAGAAAGAGAAGAGCAAUGGGGAAGAGUAAUUAA